ACCAGUGGAGGGGUGAUGUGUCUGGGUGAGAACUGCGUGGGCGUGGAGUAAAGCUCAGGAGCUGUGGGUGUAAGUGUCGUGGAUGCACUGUAUGAACUUGAUUGAUCAAUUAUGGAGUGCAAUUGAUGUUUGCACUAGCUAAAUCCGGGGAAUGUGGAUGCCCUGGAGCUGGACCCCUUCGCCUUGAUUUUAUCUGGACUUGACCUGGUGAGCGGAGGCGGUGACCGGAGGUGGCCGCGGCCCGGCGCCCGCCGGCCAGCCAUGGACUCCAUGGACGGACAGGCCGAGCCGCCGGCCGCUGACGUCGGCAUCGGACCAGCGCCCUCAGAUACUGCCGCGCACAAGUCACCAAUGAUGGAAAUAAACUCCGCCUUCACGCAUCUGCCUUCUAAACCGGAUGUGAACAGCGGCUCGCCGGUGCUGGUGCGCUCCACCGAGGCUAACAACGUGGCCAACUCGUGGCACGACGCGUCCCGCCACGACGCCUUUCAGCAGCAGCUCCUGCAGAUGGGGUCGGUUAACAAGGCGAUACCGGACGAUGUGCUGCGGGUGAGUUGGUCCGUGUGUAUGUGUGUGUGUGUGUGUGUGCGUGUGCGUGUGUGUGCGCGUGCUUGUACUGUGACGUCCGGCGCAGUCAGCUAGCCCGCAUGCCCCGCUCACGCGUUCGGCACGGAGUUUGGUGUGCCCUCUGCCGGCUGCUGUCGACCGCAUGCGCACUAAGGUGUGUCGACGGAAACAGAUCAUGGUGGACCCAUGUUUCCCUGGCGCGCACAAAGAAGAGCGAACUUGACCGAGUUGGUGGAAGAAACAUGAAAGCUCUAAUGGGCGGUUGAAGUUCUACCACUGACAUCUGGCACUGGCACGGGCACCUGGCGAGUGGUUUGGGAGCUGCUGGCCUCUCUCCUGCCUUCAGGGCCAGCAUCAUUGCGAUCUGGCACGGACCUCUAGCCUCUGUCUGAUGAUGUCUUUAUAUUUCCCUGACUAGCUUGAAUGGUUGCGCUUUAAAAAAAAAAAACAACAUCAAUGAGUUUGCCCCGCUGUUAGACCUACGCCAUUUCAGGGGCUUUCCCGUCUUCCGCUUCGUUGGAGCGCGGCUGGUGCGUCACGCCGUGCUGAUUCCACGUUUGGUAUGCUAGGCAAAGCGCAAAGUAGAGCGGUAUCCGGUGUGUGGUUUACGUUGUUUUUUCUCUGGACAUUUGAAGCCAUCGCGUGUGGAUGGCCGUCAAGUCAGGGCAAACGAGGUUAGGCCUCAGUUUUAUCGGUGAUUUCAAACCCUAGGAUGACCUCAGAUGCCCAUGGCGUGCCCCGCACUGCCCCCGCGGCGGUAAUGGCUGAAAGUUUUGACCGGAACCAACUGUGCUGUGCGCCGGGCAUCUGAAAAAUCAAGCAGAUCCAAAAAUUCAGUAUCCAAUAGAAUAGUUAACUAGUAAGUCAAGAAUGUAGAAUCUAGAAUCAGGCCAAUCUCUGAAAUGGCAGUGCGUUCGGUGCAGUCAAGUCGCCAAUGGUUGAACUGCAAUUUCCUCCGCAAAAAAAGUUUUCUUCUUCCCAGCAGCGUGUUCAAAUUCGUGGUUCCAUGUGCACCCCACACAAACAUGGCUGGCCCAGCUAGACUGGUGGACGUCUCCUCAGUGUGCGGUGACACACCCUG